AGUGUGUGGGAGUUUUCUAAAGGCAACAAGUGGGAUCGCGAUGUUAAUGAAUACUUCUUAAUUAGGAUGUAGUUUCGAAUUUCGACGACUUCACUUCAUAAUCCGGCCUUAAAGGUUUUGCUUCGUUCGUCGUUGUCGACUCUUUGUAGCUGUUAUAAUUGUUUAGUCCCAGAUGAACACCGAAGGAAGGGAUCUAUGUUCAGAGGAGUUUCAACCGUGACCAUCCUGUCGUUUUUUUUUGUAUAAAGCAGACUUUAGUGACUUUUGUUUUGAAGACAGUAAGUAGUUACUGUGUGAAGAAGGAAAGUUGGCUGUUGUUUCUAGCAAAUUAAGUGGCCAUCAUUUUUGGCUCGUCACAUAUGUGAUUGUUGAAGCUGUUGAUAUUUAUUAUUGUUCUUACUGUUAAUAGAACGAAUACAACAACCAACUUUUACCACCAAACUUACUAUACGACCACCACCAAUACUAACAAUACUACUAUAACUAACUACUGUUACUACCAUCUUCAUCACCACCACCGCCACUACUCUGAAUACAACCACGAUACGACCGCCAAAACUGCUUUUACGACCACCUGAGCCAUCUCUAUUAAUACUACAACUUCCUAAUCCCCACUAGGACUCACUACUACCAUGUUUUCAUCGUUGAAUUUGUGGUCGGUUCUUGGCCGACGGCCAUACCAAACUCUCCCGCCUGUCUACCGGGAGCUGGACGUACCUUCGAUAAACAAUAACCACCACGACAAAGAACUAAUAUCCAUGGUGAAAUUCAUCGUGCCCACCUUGUCGUACGGGCUUCACAAGGGCCAGUGCGGCCGCAUUGCUGUGGUUGGAGGCUGCCAGGAAUACACUGGAGCACCCUACUUUGCGGCCAUAUCGGCGCUUAAGGUCGGCGCCGACCUCUCUCACGUCUUUUGCACGGCUGAUUCUGCCCCGGUCAUCAAGUCCUAUAGUCCGGAGCUGAUCGUGCACCCUCUUCUGGACAAGUCCUCUGCACUCGAGGAGAUCGGUCUGUGGUUGCCGAAAAUGCAUUCGGUGGUCGUCGGGCCGGGUCUCGGCCGUCACGGUCCCUUGCUGAGUACCGUUAAGGACGUGCUGGCGAAAACCAUAUCUUUGAAGUUACCGCUGGUUAUAGAUGCCGAUGGAGUUUACCUUCUUUCUCAAGACCCUGACGUGAUUCGAAACUACACCCCUGCCAUCCUCACGCCGAACGUGGUCGAAUUCAGCGGUUUAUACCAGAAGGUGAUAGGACGAAAACCUGAAGUAGAUCAUCCGGUGAAUAACGUGAAAACCCUCGCCGAGGAACUCGGAAAUGUAACGAUCGUGCUGAAAGGAGCUUACGAUAUAGUUUCGGACGGUAAAGAAGUGUUGAUAUGCAACACGGAGGGCAGCCCCAGGCGUUGUGGAGGACAGGGCGACUUGCUUUCUGGAAGUAUGGGGACUUUCAAUCACUGGAGUCACCUGAAAACUACCGGCGUUAACGAAACCACCUGUAACCAUAACAAACUGCUUGCUAUCUACGGACCGACCCUGUGUGCGGCUUACGCUGCUUGUGCGCUCACCCGUGAAUGUAGUCAACAGGCGUUUAAGAAAUGUAACAGGUCUAUGACCACCUCGGAUCUGAUUGCAGAAGUUUGUAACGUUUUCCAUAAACUCUAUGAAUAAGUGAUUUGAUAAAUGAGCGAAUGGAUAAGUGAACGGAGAGGAACACGCAU